UGAUUCUCGACUAAAUUCCAUGCUGAAUAAGAAAAUGGUCAUAUGUGGUGAUUGAGUAUAUUUAGGGCAGAAUUUCAUGGUAGAGCCUCUGUACAGCCAACCAUGAAGACAGUUUGAAGCUCAAGAACCUGACACCUCCCACACUUUUCCUUUUCUGUCAGUUACAAGUCUCCCUUUCUUUUGCCCUUUUUGUCAGUUACAGCAUUAGUCCCUAACUUUCUCGCAAUUUCCCUCAUUUUCUCUCAUGUUCCUUCUCACACUCUCAAAUCUUCCAUUUCUACUCUUUAAUUCACUCCCAAACCCCAAUUCCUUCUCUGGGUGUUCCCCAAAAUCGGCAUUCUUUGCGCUUGUUGGUGUAAUUUUUGCUAAAUUUUAUUCCCUUUUUUUAUGGGAUUUUUGAGGCAUUCUUGGCAAUGUCUUAUAGCUAUUCAGACCCACCAAGCUGCUGCUCAGCUUCUGCUGAAUUGAAGCUCUACCAGGCCUUCAUCUUCUCUGUUCCAAUCUUCUUCACCUUCAUUCUCCUUUUGUUGUUCUACCUCUUCUAUCUUCGCCGUCGGAGGGUCGAUUGGGCUUCGCUUCGGAUGCGAUCUUCUAUGCAGAACGAUGCCGAUCAUGCUUCUGGAGUGUCUGAAUUGGGCUUGAAGAAAGAAGUGAGAGAGAUGCUUCCCAUUAUUGUAUUCAAGGAAAGCUUCUCUGUCAGUGAUACACAGUGCUCAGUAUGCCUGGCUGAUUAUCAAGCAGAGGACAGGCUCCAACAGAUACCUGCAUGCGGGCACACAUUUCAUAUGGACUGCAUCGACCACUGGCUCGCCACCCACACGACCUGCCCACUCUGCCGCCUUUCCCUCACUGCAGCUGCCAGAACUCCGGCUGAACCGAUCACUAUCCUAGUAGAAACACCUCAUGGAACUUCCCCAGAACAAACACAACCUGAUGCACAAGUCUCCCAGCCCAGGAAUGAAAAUGAAAGAGCUGUUCAUAACACCAUGGAAGCAGAGGGAGGAAGCUCUGAAUGUGAUGACUGUGAGACUGGAACCAGAGAUGCAAGGAAUGAGAAUGAGAGGCAUGAAGUGUAGGGACGAUGGAUCAGGUCAUUAGCAAUUUGUAACAUACUUAGAUUAGUCUAAAUAUGGUGUAGUCGUUGUUCAGGAAUGGUUUGUUAGUAGCCUAAUGAGGGCUGCUGAUGUUCAAUUUGUUCUUUCCAUGUAUUCAACUUGGAUAUGAUCAGUUCACAGCUCAAUUGAGCUUGAUAUUGACUUGAAGCAAAGCCUUGGUCUUUUGGAAAGAAGAGAAUUGGGGAUAUUAGAUGUAAGGUUCAAAGUAAAGGAUAGGUCCUUUAGUGUAUCCAAAUUGAACCCUUAUUUUAUGUAAAGGUAAUUUGUUGAUGAUACGAUUAUAAGUUGUAAGUUCUUUCAUAAAUUAGGGACAUUUUUUAUGUGAUCCGGUUGAUGAGACUUAUUCCUUAUGAA